CCACCACCACCAGCGCCGGCGCUCGGCUCCGCUCCACCGCACGUAUAUCCUCCCUCCUCCAGCAGCGACGGCCGGCGCCGGCGACGCGCCCGCACGUCCUCUCCCGCGCGCCGGCCCCCACGUCGCGAGCGGCAGCGUCCUCCCGCGCGAGCGCAACCGCCCGCGACAGAUCCCUCGCGGGGUCGCCUCCUCCUCCUGCUUCCCCCCGCCGUCGCCGUCCCCCUCCGUCCGGCCUUCCGCCGCCGCGUCCUCCGGCAACCGCAAGAUGGAUUCACUUGAACUCGAAGAUAGUGGUGGACACCAACCAUCUCUGGAAGUUUCCCUUGCUUCAGAUGUGAUAUAUGAUGACGCACCUGUAUGUCCGUGCAUUGGAAGUGAGCACCAGGCAGAAAUCCCGAAUCUGUCCACAGAGAAUGAUCGUCAGCAGCUCAUGACCAGCAUGCUUGGAAGCAUGCUACCUGGUUUUGAUUACCCUGUUACGAUUGGGUUAGCUAUACCAGUUACAUGGGAACCAAGUGAAGUCUGUAAGGAGGAAGAAUUAGGAAGGCAUCAUUCUUCAGAAACCAAAGCAAGAGCCAUCAGCCAGGACGAGGAUAGUCCUGUAACCCCAGUUUGCCCAACCAGCAAUGAUAUGAGUGACCAUGAUGCCACAUAUCAGGAUCCACAGCCCAUGGUGCCCGUAGAUCAUAUAGAAUCCGGCAGUAAUCAAGCACAUGAUGAGAGCUUGGCCCCAUGUUCUACUCAAGCAGGCCACAGUUUUACUAAUAAGCCAAGGACGCAGCAAGGGGAAAUUGAUCAAUUUACUCCGCUGCCAUGUGCAUCCACUUCCCUUUGGAGUGGUAUUGAGGCAGAAUGUUUUCUGCUCGGGCUUUACAUUUUCGGCAAAAAUCUAUGUCUGUUGAGCAGGUUCCUUGGUAACAAGACUAUUGGGGAUGUGCUUUCCUAUUACUAUGGAAAGUUCUACAAAAGAGACGCGUAUAGAAGAUGGUCGGAUUGCAGAAAAGCACGAACUAGGAGAUGCAUUCUUGGGGAACGCAUUUUUACAAGUUGGCGGCAGCAGGAGAUUAUUUCUCGUCUUAAAUCUGUAAUACUCAAUGAAGCUCAUGAUUCGUUGCUGGAGAUUUUCAAAUCUUUCAACGAUGGGCAAACAUCUUUAGAAGAUUUUGUCUUUGCUCUGAAAUCCACUGUUGGAACAGAAGCUCUUGUGGAGGCUGUUGGAAUUGGUAAAGAGAAACGUGAUUUGACUGGAUUUGUUCUGGACCCAUCUAAGCCAAACCAAGUCCUUUCAAACCAUCCUGACAUGCCUACAGGCAAAGACUGUUCAUCGCUUGCUUCGGAAGAGAUAAUUAAGUUCUUAACAGGCGAUUUCAGAAGAAGCAAGACAAGAUCAAAUGAUCUUUUCUGGGAAGCUGUCUGGCCCCGUUUGCUUGCAAGAGGGUGGCAUUCUGAGCAGCCAAAAGAUGUCAGCACAACAAAGAAUUCCCUUGUGUUUCUUGUGCCAGGUAUAAAGAAAUUCUCAAGAAGUAAACUCACUAAAGGUACUCAUUAUUUUGAUUCUGUCAGCGAUGUCCUUAAACGAGUGGCAGCGGAUCCUAUCCUUCUUGACCUAGAGGUCGGUGGAUUGGACCAUGAUGUUACUGCUGAGGAAAAUGGCUAUGACACAGACAUGAAAAAUAACCAAGAUGAUCCUUUGGAUGGUAAUCAGGAGCUUCCAAGGUUCACAAUUAUUGAUACUACCUUGGUACAAGGACAAGAGCCCUUCAGAGUCAGGGAGAUGAGGAGACUACCUGCUGAUGCAAAAGUUCGUUCUGUCCCUUCACGCCAAUCACGCAAGGUUGUGACUGUCAGUUCAUCAGAGGAGUCAGAUGCAGAUGGUCGAUUGUCAGAUGACCAGGAAUAUCGUGGACCAGUUACAGCUGAUGUUAACGACACUGAAAUCUUUUCAGUGCGCAAUGUAAAGAAAGAAACCCAAGUUGAUUCAUUGCAAAACAUGGUGACUGCAUCAUGCUCAGAUUUUCCAGUCAAUGGUCAUUCUUCCAAUGGCAGUGGUAACAAAAUUGAUUUGACAUGCUUAUUUGAGCCCAAAACAAACACUGAAAGGCGCAAGUAUUUAUCCCCAGUGUCAAAGCGCAGAAAAUUAUCUAGCUGUAACAAUGACCAGACCAGUCGGCGCAGCUUUCCUUUCUCCAAGGGAGUUGGUUCAGGGAAAGAGAAAAUCAAGCCACUGUCAACCUCAUCAAAACCAACUGUCGGUGAUGUUUCUGGUAAUUCUCAGAUCAAAGAGAAAAUCAAGCCACUGUCAACGUCAUCAAAACCAACUGCCGGUGAUGUUUCUGGUAAUUCUCAGAUCAAAGAGAAAAUCAAGCCACUGUCGACGUCAUCAAAACCAACUGUCGGUGAUGUUUCUGGUAAUUCUCAGAUCAAAGAGAAAAUCAAGCCACUGUCGACGUCAUCAAAACCAACUGUUGGUGAUGUUUCUGGUAAUUCUCAGAUCAAAGAGAAAAUCAAGCCACUGCCAACCUCAUCAAAACCAACUGUCGGUGAUGUUUCUGGUAAUUCUCAGAUCAAAGAGAAAAUCAAGCCACUGUCAACGUCAUCAAAACCAACUGUCGGUGAUGUUUCUGGUAAUUCUCAGGUCAAAGAGAAAAUCAAGCCACUGCCAACCUCAUCAAAACCAACUGUGGGUGAUGUUUCUGGUAAUUCUCAGAUCAAAACGGUUGCAAGAUGUUCCACAGAGAAGCCAUGCGAGCAGAUAAGAGGUGUAUCAAACACUCCUACCAAUGACAGGUCAAGUGAGAAGAUGAAAGUGAAGAACGUAUAUGAGGACAAAUCAUUUGAGCGCAAGGUCGAUGCUCUGCCUGAAGUUCAUUCAAAGAUCACCAUCGGUGAGACAAAAUUUGCGAAAGGGGCUCAAGCUAGUAGUUCGGUUGGUCAGGUUAAACAGGAGACACCACUUGAUAGCAUGACAGGUGCAAUUGUAUGCGUCACUUUAUCAGAUGAUGAUGAUUACAUGAUGGCUGAGGAAGCUCCCUCCAUUUCCAGCAGCGAUCAGGUCCGUGAUCCAGAGGUAGCAGAACUACCCAUGGCUAUGGUACGACCUGCUAGUUCACAAGCUGAUUUGGCUCCGCAGGCGGAUUCUCGGAGGCAUGGAACCAGAAACAGGCCUCCCACAGCAAAAGCUCUGGAAGCCCUUGCCUUGGGGCUCAUCGGAAAGCGCAAGGGCGAACCCAAAAGCCCUGGAACAAGAAGGCCUCCCCAGCGAGCUCGCAAAUCCAGUAAAAAAUCGGUUCAUACACCUACCGGUAGCGACACCGACAAAUCCAGCAUGGAUGCUGAUGCGCAACUGUGAGCGGAUCGUUAUGCAUUUUGUUGGUGUAAGCUUACACCAUAUCAGCAUUUUGGACGAUCGGUAUCCAGCGAGAACAUUUGAGUGCUUCGACUUCAGCUAGAGAUGCCUGCGUCGAUUAAUCUUCCCUUCGGAGGCGCCUUCCAUCUUGUGAUAUGUAAUAUAACAAUGCGAUGGCGAGGAGGGGAGAUGGUUGGCCGAUUGACUAUCUUGCGAUGAGCUCCCUCGGUUUCUAUUUAUCUUGCAGACUUGUAUGCCAAUCAAGGAUUGGGGGUGUAGAAAGAGUUGAUACCGUAUUGGGCUAUUGACCAGUUCGCUUUUCUUAUACCUGAGGGUUUAAUACUUUUUAUGUAAUAUAUAUUAUCUCAUGCAUGCUUUUUGGUUGGAAGCAGGAGCAACCGCUAGCGGUCCAUCGGCUCCGUUGUGCCA